CCUCCUCCCCUGUAGUCGCAUCUUCUGCUCGGAUCUCUCCUCCUCCUCCUCCUCCUCCUCCUGCACCGGCUCCUGCUGUUUUUUUCCCCCGUGGUGUAUCUGCAGCCUGUCUGGGAGGGAAAGGUCCUGCAUGUGAGCUUUUAUUUAUUUCAUUUCUGGGACAGUCAAGGUUAAGCCGGGCAUCAUGACUUUCCAGCGUCCACCCUGCAGCAGCAGCAGCAGCAGCAGCAGGCGGUGACAUAACCAGCCGACUACCGCCAAGUCCCACCGAAGCAGCAGCCCGGCUUCUUGUGCGUCCUCUUCAGGGAAAAACCAGCACCUGCCGCCGCAUCUCGUCCCCAUAUGACCGUCUCAAAGAUGACAUGGCGUCCUCAGUACCGCAGCUCCAAGUUCCGCCACGUGUUCGGUAAGGCCGCCACCAAGGAGAGCUGCUAUGAUGGCGUGCCAAUCACACGCAGCGUUCAGGACAACAACUUCUGUGCUGUCAACCCACGUUUCCUGGCCGUGAUCACAGAGUGUGCUGGAGGAGGGGCCUUCCUGGUGCUGUCCAUCCAUCAUACGGGUAAAGUGGACCCUACCCACCCUCGAGUGUCGGGCCACAGAGGCAACGUGUUGGACAUCAAAUGGAACCCCUUCAACGACUACUGCAUCGCCUCCUGCUCCGAGGACACCACGGUGAAAGUGUGGGAAAUCCCUCCUCAUGGCGUGCUGAAAAACCUUACAAUGCCAUGGAAAGAGCUGCAGGGUCACAGUCGUAGAGUGGGCCUCAUCGAGUGGCACCCGACCGCUAACAACAUCCUCUUCAGCACAGCCUAUGACUACCAGGUGAUGAUCUGGAACCUGGACUGUCCAGAGCAGGUGAUUAAGAACCCCGUACGGACCAUCAGUCACCACACCGACGUGGUCCUGUCCAUGUCUUUCAACACAGAUGGGAGCCAGUUCGCCACCACCUGCAAGGACAGGAAAAUCCGACUGAUGGAGUCACGCUCAGGAAACCUGCUACAGGAGGCCAGCUGCAAGACGCACAAAGCCAGUAAGGUGUUGAUCCUGGGAAACCUGAAGAAGCUCAUCACAUCAGGCACUUCACGCUGGAACGAACGACAGAUAGCUCUGUGGGAUCAGGAUGAUCUGUCCGUGCCUUUGCUGGAGGAGAACCUGGAUGGUUCUUCAGGGGUCCUCUUCCCUUUCUACGACCCCGACACACACAUGCUCUACCUGGCUGGGAAGGGUGACGGAAAUAUCAGAUACUAUGAGAUCAGCUCAGAGAAACCGUACAUCCAGUACCUAACAGAGUACCGCUCACACAUGCCUCAGAAAGGAAUGGGUGUGAUGCCAAAGAGAGGUCUGGAUGUGAGCUCCUGUGAGGUUUUCAGGUUCUACAAACUGGUGACAACCAAGAGCCUCAUUGAGCCUCUGUCUAUGAUCGUACCCCGCAGGUCGGAGUCGUACCAGGAAGACAUCUAUCCAAUGACGGCCAGCAACACGCCUGCUCUGACUGCAGAGGAGUGGCUCAGCGGCAUCGACAAAGGUCCGGUGCUGAUGUCUUUAAAACCUGGAAGUCAAGUAGCAGAGUCCCUUUCAGACAGGAAGGAGCUGGUGAACUCUCUGGACACUCGCCGCUCUCAGAGCAGACCAGGAAUGCUGCAGCUCUCUUACAUUCAGGACCAGCUGGAAACCAAAGAUGGCAAACAGGACAGCGCCCACUCACAGGACGACAGGAGCCGGAUGUCUUUGAGCAACGGAGAAGACCUGGCACUUUGCUCUCCUCCCAGGACAGAGAACGAGCUGCGGCUGAAGUUCCACAAGCAGCAGGAGGAGAUCCGACGGCUGAGGGAGCUCCUCAACCAGCGGGACGUGCGCAUCAAACAGCUGGAGCUGGAGAUUAAGAACAUCAAAAACUCCCAGCCGCAGAGCUCGCUUUGAGACUUCUUUUCCUGCUGAGUCACCCUCACCUCCUCACAGGGACACACACAUUACUGUACAAACCUACUACAUCUUUUCCACUCUAAUGAGCCCCACAUACUCACUGCACAGGGGCGAAUGAAACCUCGAUUUUGUGUUUUUCCCCGUCUGUCGUUUUGUCGUUUCCACAGGCGGUGCACAUAUUUUUGUACAUACACUUUUAAAACUCUCUGCACCUUCUGACCUUUUCCUCACGUUUUUUUCUUUCACAGCUAUGCAAGGUCGUCAUCAUUUUUUUUUAGCUUUUUUUAUGCUCUUUGUCGCUGAGAGAUGAAAGGAUGUUUGUCUUGACUGACUGCUGCGGCCGCCUGACGUCCUGUGUGAUUGUAGCCUAACAGCAAAUUUAUUUUCUAUGCCUGGUGAUUGUUUUUUUUUUCUUUUUGCUGUAUUUAAACUACUGUAAGUGGAGACUGCUGUGGUGUAAUGACAGAUGUCUGUGUGUCUGAAUGAGCUAAAUGAAUGACUUUAUCCUAGCUGUGUUCUGCCAUCCCAUUAAGUUGGAUUUGUUUUUAUUCUGUUAUUUUUUUGGAAACAACUGGAUCCAUUUCAUAGCCGUUACUGUGUAAGCCAAUUCUGUUGACGGAUGCCAUGUAGCAGUUUGGAUCUUAAUUUUUAAAAAAUAUAUAUUUAUUAUAAAAUAUAGCCAAGAAAAUGCCAUUUAAUGUUUAAAAAUGACAAAGUCCUGUUUGCUUUAACCUGAUGUGGAGUCACUGUGCACAGCUGGAGCACUGCAAAACUUAUAGGUUUAACUGUGUUCCACUCAGCUCCCAUGUACUCAUGUUUUAUCCCAGACAGAAUGUUUUUUAAUUUUAUUGUUCUGACACUGAGGUUUUCUGAUCACAGUUUGUUCAUUUCUGAUCAGAUUUUAAGGCAAAAUGGUUUCUACUAUUGUACUUGACAAUAAAGUCUGAGUAACUCACAGCUCUGAGGAGGUUAUAGUAACACAGACAGGAAACUGGAUGGACAUUUACCAUUUUCCAGACAUUUUAACCCGACUAUUUAUGCCCUUGUAGCCCCUCCCUUGUUCUAGGUGCUUUAAAUUAAUGAGAGACUGUUUCUUCAGUCACUAGAUUACAGACGAAACAGACAUUCUCAUCUGGUUAUUUUACCCAUAAAUACUUUCUCACUUAUUAUAUCUCCAUGUAUGUCGAUAUCACACUGUAAAGUUAUGCUGUAAAGGAUUUCUCCACAUUUGUCAAAAAGUCUGCUGGUAUUAAACAGACCUUGAAGGGGAUCGAUUUGUGUUUCCAAACCCAAUAAUUAGUCGUCAAGCUCAGUUUGGAUACUUUAUCUGCUCAUAAAAGCCAUUUGUUAUUGCUGGAACUUGACAGCAAGUAAGUGAAAGAUUAUGCUGAAAAUACAUGUAGUUUCAAGUUUUACCAAAUUCUUGGUUAUAUUAAAAUACCAAGAGAAACCCUCAAUAAGAUAAUUCAACUGUUUUGAAUUAAACAGUCUAUGAGAACAUAUACUACUAUUCAAAAGUUUGGAGUCACUUAGAAAUGUCCUUAUUUUGAAAGAAAGCACAGUACUCCUCCAAGGCUGUUCAUUCCCCCAUAUGGCAUUGUCAGAAAUGCAGCUUUUUUUUGAUGAUCGGAAAUCACAGCAGCAUAGAAUGUGGCCAUUUCAUAUAGAUGUACCCUCAAGCAAAAUGGCCUUGUGCGUUUAUUAUGUAUUUGUACAUCAUGUACGGAUACCGAAUUCCAUGACCCAAAUAUGUAGUGGGCGGCAGGAAUUGAUGGAACUCAGAAACACCCCCACAAUUUAAUCAAUUGUUCUUUGAAUCAUUUAGGACGGAUAAGUCCCAAUAAGUCUGCAACAGUCUAUUCGUAGUAGGAUGUGAUCAUCAGCAGGCAGCUGACAUAGUGUUCACUUGUUGUCAUGGUUACAGUGAUGUCGUGCUGCUAUCUCACAAUGAUAUAGAAAUCUUUAACAAAUCUAUGGAUCCAGACUAUAAGCUGCAUCACUGCCAAAAUCUAAUCACUUGGCCCUUGUGUCAUUUCUGACCUUCCCUGAAAAUUUAAUCCAAAUCUGUUUUUGAGUAAUGUUGCUAACAAACAAACAGACAGACAGACGGACACACAUCACAUAACUCCACCGCGUUUCUUGGUGGAGUGAUCAGAAAUCCAGUCUAGACAUUGUUAACACAGUAAAUGACUAUUCUAGCUGUAAACGACUGAUUUUUAAUGGAAUAUCUCCAUAGAGGUACAGAGGAACAUUUCCAGCAACCAUCACUCCUGUGUUCUAAUGCUACAUUGUGUUAGCUAACGGUGUUGAAAGGCUAAUUGAUGAUUAGAAAACCCUUGUGCAGUUAUGUUAGCACAUGAAUAAAAAUGUGAGUUUUCAUGGAGAACAUGAAAUUGUCUGGGUGACCCCAAACUUUUGAGCAAUAGUGUAUAUAGUGUGAAUGAAGCCAACGAUAAAGGGACUUCCUGUAAACGAUGGAGAACUCUGUAAAAGGCUCAUAUUAGUUUUUUUAAAGCUCUGUUGUACCAGAGCUGCUUAUAUAACUGGAAAAUGUGCAUAAAUUAAAGUGAGCAGUUGGUAAAGUCCAUCCUGAUGACUUGUAGAAAUGUGUCUUCCCUCGGGGAGCUCAUGAAUGACGCUCAUAGUUUCUUCAACGGUGCAGUCGGACCAGUCUUACCCCGUGUUGCUUUCAGAAUCAGGGCAGCUGAUUUUGACUUGCAUUUUUUAACCCUUAGAUGCACAAGUGAUUGGACCCUACACUCUUCCAUAAGUAGCUCAAAAAUGACGAAGAAUCAAUGUAUUUUUUAUGCCAUUUUGGUUCAAAAUAAUUAUUUCUAUUGUUGGGUUUUUUAUAUAUAUUUUUGAUUAUUUUUCACUUUAUAACAGAUUUUGAACAUUUUGAUAAUUGAAAAAGAUGAAAAUUACACAGAACAACAGUAUAUGAAUGUCAGCAUCAGUUUUCUUGAUAUUUUUCCACUCGUUUCCUCCAAAUUUGUGCAUCACCACUUGUAUGAUUUCAUCAGUGACAAAAGAGCUUGGGGUAGUAAUACAAAUAUUACAAUAUCUUUAAAAGUAUAAAAGGUAACUUAAAAAUUGGAAUGGAAUGAUAUCAAAAACAUGUUUUUUGAGGAACAGCUGGAAAAUAAAAUGAUGAAAACUUUACAUUGCAAAGAUAUCGCAAGAAAACGUCCUCACCGUGUCAUUUUUGACCCACUUAUGGAUCUAAAGUUUUUUGAACUCAACAUUCCCUCGUUUCUCAUCGACUUGUUGAGACAAACAGCAGCCAGAAGAACAUGUAAAUAUGUGUCGAUGCCACUGAAGCGCUUGCAUAUAUUAGAAAACGCCGCACUGUAGUUUAAACCUAAGAUAAGCAGACAGAUAUAAAUACAUGGCUGUAUUUACGCACUCAGAAGCACCACAGUGAUUUUCUAGAUUUGGCACGUUUCAGGUAUGCAUAGAAACUGCCACAGCACACAUACAGACAGCGGCUUCAAUACAAUCGCGACGUGUUUGACCGCUUUAACCUCUGGCGGGACGGUUCCAGCACAGUUUCAUCUGUGGCUGACUUUUGUCCAGGAGCUGCAGCAUCCGGACAGUUUAGAUUCCAACUGCUGCUGUCAGACGAGUCUCGACACAUUCUCACCACGUUCUGCUGUUUUCACAGUUGGCCAGCGCUCUUUACUCAAAGGGCGAAUUUGACUGUUAACAUUAACCAGUUUGAAGUAACAGUUUUUUGCAUCUUUUCACAGACAGAAUCAUUCCAGCCAACUCGAUCGUGUCCAAGUUCUUUUAUUGUUUUUAUUUGGACACAUACACUGCCAUUCAAAAGCUUAGCGUCACUUAGAAAUGCCCUCAUUUUUGAAAGAAGAGCAAUUUUUUUUGAAUGAAAAUAACAUUAAAUGAACCAGAAAUACAAUCUAGACCAGGGGUGUCAAACUCAUUUUAGUUCAGGGGCCACAUUCAGCCCAAUUUGAUCUUAAGUGGACCAGUAAAAUCACAGCAUAAUAACCUACAAAUUACCACAACUCCAAUUUUUCCUUUGUUUUAGUGUAAAAAAGCACAUUCUGAAAAUGUUCACAUUUAAGGAAUUAUCUUUAGAAAAAAAAUAUGAACAAUUUGAAAUUUCUUAAGAAAAAUAAAUUCAGUUUCAACAACAUUAUGCCUCAGUUUGUCAUUUUCACAUUACUUAUAGAACUUACAGAUCACAGAGUGUCUACAAAGACAUAAAACAUUUAGUCACACAUAUCUGGAACUGAGCAAUAUCCUAUUUUACUUGAAACACAACAACAAAAACAAGACAAACUAUUACAAAAAUGCAACAAAAAAUGAGACACAAAACGACAUAAGCGAGAAUCAAAACUACCAAAAAUGAGACAAACGACAUGAAACAAAACAAAAAAAGAGACAAAAAAGUAGACAAAAAAUUACAAAGUGACAAAAAAAUGGACAAAUGACACAAAUAAGAUGAAAAAAUGACAGAAGGGCGAGACAAAAUGACACAGAAAACAAUGAAUAAAGCAAAACACAAAAAAGCCAAAAAACUAAAUGAUUACAAUGUGAGGCAAUUGACAAAAGUCAGUCAAGAAAAGAGAAAAAAAACAACAAAAUGCUACAAAAAUUAGACACAAAAUAACAAAAUAACAAUGAACAAUACGGAAUUUUAUUCAAAAUUUAUAGAGUUAAAAUUUGCAGUUGAUGUCAUCUCUGUAAUUUUUACAUUUUACAAACUCGUCCCGCGGGCCGGAUUGGACCCUUUGGUAGACCGGUUUUGGUCCAUGGACCGCAUGUUUGACACCCCUGGUCUAGAGAUUGCUAAUGUGGUAAAUGACUAUUCUAGCUUGUCUGAGUGACCCCAGACUUUUGAACAUUAGUGUAGAUUUCUCUCCAACAGAAUAAAGUUUGUUAUAGUACUUCUGUAUCAUUUUCCAUUUUUAUAGAAAUGUGGACUGUUUGCGAUGUCUCCUAGAAUAUGACUUUGAAGAACUGCUGGCUCGCAAUGCUGUUUGAAUGUAUUCUCAGCCUUGAAAUUCUGCAUGCCAUCAGUUAAAAGACAACAGCAGCUGUCAUUCUGGCCCUGUUUUUUCAGGACUUCUUUUUACAACAGCUGACGCCAACAGCAACAGCAACAGCACCCAUUUCUCAGUUGUUACUGCUGAGUAUUCAUUAUAGGCUCUUCCAGUGAUGGGACCUUGGUAUUUGGACAAAAACAUUUAGCGAACGUUACACUUUUUAACGGUUGGAAGUGUUUUCUUUUUAUCCAUCUUUUAACCCUUUCAGAUGGAGUUUAAUCCUCUGAGAAUACCAUCUUACCCUUCCCCCCCGAAGUAGCUUUAAGAUUGGAAAAAAGACAUCUUUAACAAAUCCGUCUAUCCAGACUAUAAGCUGCAUCACUGCCAAAAUCUAAUGAGGUGGUCCUUGUGUCAUUUGUGACCUUCCCUGAAGAUUUCAUCCAAAUCCAUUAGUUUGUUUUGGAGUAAUGUUGCUAACAGACAGACAGACAGACAGACCAACACCAAUCGUUGCAAAUCUCCGCCACGUUCCUUGGUGGAGUAAAAAUCUAUAUCUUACGAGUUCAUAGUAACAGUUCUGUGUUUCCACUUAUUCUUGCUGAUUAGAUUUCUGCACAGGUGGAAGUUGCGUGCUGAACUGGCCAAUGAGAACAAUGAUAAAUGUGUAACUUUCCCCAUCCAGCAUCAUCUAGCAGAGUUUUCCUAACAUUAGCCACACCAAACCACAGGUCAUACGACACCCAGUGGGACUGUAGAGGCAAACAGGAUGGUCUGAUGGAAAGACACAGAAUCCAGCAUUUUGGAGUACAAGAGAGUCAAAGUAGCACACCUGCAUCCAGUUUGACUACUAAUGCAUUACUACAUUGUUGCAGAAACCCCUUUAGAUGCUGAAUUCACUUCCACUUUUUUAUUGCUUUGCAAAAACUGGACCAACUAAAUCAGAACCUCACUGCCAACACAUAACCACUGAUGUCCUUCUAUUGUACUUGUUUUACAUUGUGUCAGUCAGAGAGAGAAAUUUCAAUAUCCACACGUCGGGCAUCGGUAUGAAAUAUUAACAAUGAGCUGUGUGAAGUGGAAAAAGGGGAGUUUGUUUCUUCAUAAAUCUUCUUCUCACUGAUUCCUCAAAGUUAUCUUAUGGAGGAAUCUUCGCCAUGUUGCAGUGCAGCGAUCACUAUCAUUGCUCUGUUGCAAACUGUAAUAGUAAACCUCUGCAGAUGAUGAUCAUUGUGUGGCUCUAUUAUGAAUGUGGGGUGUACCAAGUAAUCAGAAAAGAAAAAAAAAACUCUCUCUCAACAAGCCAAAUGAAAACAACAAUAUCAAUCCAUGCCUGAGACCUCUCGGUAUGAAAGCAUGCUCACCCUGACAGUCUCUUACAUUACACUGGAGCAAUAAUGUAGCUGCAGAGUCACUUGUAGCAUUUGCUGUCUGAUUUAAUAAAGUAUUUCAUUUAA